UUUGUAUCACACUACCUAUUAUUAUCAGCACACAAUGAGUGAGGACAACGACAACAAUAUUAUGGAUGUAUCCCCAGCAGAGCCACCACUUGACGAACCAUCCACAUUAGCAGCAGUGCCGCAGACCGAGUCCGACCAAAGGGCAUCGACUCCGAUCUCCGGGCGAAUGCUCUCGCGGUCCGAGAUCCAGAGCGAAAAGAGCCUUGCAGAGUUUCUUGUGCAAAUGGACAACUACGCGCCCAUUAUUCCCGAAGCGCUGACAGAAUAUUACUUAGCGCAGGCUGGGUUUGAAUGCACGGAUGUGCGAAUUAAGCGGCUAUUGGCGCUGGCUACACAAAAAUUCAUUUCUGAUGUGGCGACUGAUGCGUUCCAGUACAACCGCAUUCGGCAGCAGGCGAGCAAGGAGAAGAAAUUUAACAGCAAGGACCGCAAGACAGUGCUUAGCAUGGAUGACCUCACUGCAGCGUUGGCUGAGUAUGGCGUGAACAUUAAAAAGCCCGAAUACUUUUCAUAAAUCACCUUUUUUUGCACAGAAACU